AUGUCCUCCACACCCACCUCAGGCCCCAACCAUGAAACAGCCAAGCUAAAUUACUUCAAAUGGACAUCCCUCUUCCUAACCGAAAAGCCUUACCAAAUCCUCAUGGAUACACCCGACGGCUGUCCCAGCUCAAAUUUCGAGUUCGAGGCUGCCCCCGCGCAAACCAUUCAAGACCUCCGUGGGCGGGAGAGCGAGUAUAGUCUCGAUAAAAAUGGCUUUGCGGUAAGGAGACAUUUGUUGGAUAGGUUGCGGAUGGAGGAUUGGACGAGGGAGACUGUGGAACGACUAUAUUUUCAGGAGGUGGAUAGGAUUUUGAGGGAGGAGGUGGAGGAUGUGGUGGAGUGUGUGAUCUUUGAUUGGAGGCUUCGAUCGAGCGAUAGUGUGGAUUCUGGGGAGGCUUUGGACCUGAGCGAUCUGGCACAAUAUAUGAGGCCUAUUGAGACAGUUCAUAUUGGUGAGUUCCAUGAUCUCUCAUGCUUGGAUUGA